AGCCCCGCCCCUCUACGCACACCUGUCGUGCGCACCUGCACAGAGCUCUGCGUCCUGCUUCUUUUACCUCUCCUGCUCAGAAACACAGCAGCCCGCUUCUACCACCACCACACCUGUGUCUCUUCCCCCUGACAUGCUCCAGCUUCUGGCUUACCUGCAUGAUUCGGAGCUCGUGGCCCGGUUCCAGAGAGGAUGCGGACUCGUCCUUGUCGAAGCCACGAAUCACAGCCGAGGUGGAACGCGCGCUCAGACCGGAACCCCCGGAGCACGUUGGCAGGGGGACCACCAGGAUAAGAACUCAAAUUAUACACAAAAGGAGAAUGGACAUGCUGCUGUUGACAGAAGCCAGCCACAGUAUGAAGUGAAGAACUGGCUACUGCACUUCCUGUUCCUGUUGUCUGCAGGCCUGGGGCAUGAAAUCUUCUACAUCACCUGUCUGCCCUGCAUACACUGGAGCCUGGACCCAUUCCUGUGCCGACGCCUGGUCAACAUGUGGACUGUGGUGAUGUACGUGGGCCAGGUGAUGAAAGACAUACUGAAGCUGCCUCGUCCUCGCUCUCCUCCUGUGGUCAAGCUGGAGCCAAGAGUCGAUGCUGAGUACGGUCUGCCCUCCACCCACGCCAUGGCUGCCACUGCCAUCUCAUUCACACUUCUACUAAGUGCUCCCUCCAGGCUACAGUUCCAGUUCGAGGUGGGUCUGCUGAUUGCUGUGACGCUGUCAUCCUUGGUGUGUCUGAGCCGCCUCUACACUGGCAUGCACUCAGUUUUGGAUGUGAUCUGCGGUGUUUUUAUUUCACUCACCCUCACCUUCCUCACCUACCCUUACUGGGAAACCUUGGACCGCUUCCAGCUCACCAGCCCCAUCUCCCCCGUCGUGGCGUUGUUUCUGCCCCUCCUCCUCAGCUACACCUACCCAGAGCUAGACCACUACAGCACCACCCGAGGGGACACCACCACCAUCCUCGGAGCGGGUGCCGGGUGUUCAAUCGGAUACUGGGUGAAUGUGCAGCUGGGGCAGACUUUUGAGCCCCAGGAGGGGUUACCUGUACCCCUGCCCGCCCUGACAGGAGGUGCUCUGGUACGGACCUUUGCACGCUUCCUUGUCGGAGUUGUAGCAGUAGUGGGAACUCGUCAGGUUGUAAAGACAUUGAGCCUGCGGGCGCUGUACUCGUGGUACAGCGUGCCAAAAAGUGACGACAGUGCCAGGAGGAGGAGAGAGAUUGAAGUGCCAUCGAAGUUUGUUACAUACACGUCUGUGGGACUGAUGAAUUCAAUACUGGUCAACAGAGUUUUCCUCCUGCUGGGGCUGCUAUGACCGGCUAUCAUUUAAAGAAGACUGAUGUACAGUACAGUGAUAGGAUCUUGCAAUAAUGUCAUAUUUAUUUCAUUGUGUCUCAUGAUGUUUAUAACAUUUUAACUUUCUCAUACACAGAGCUUCUGCCUGCGAUGAUUUACCAAAGUGUUCUUGUAACUGAGCCGGCUGAAAGCAAAUUAAAGACUUUGCUUCCAUAAAGGA